GACCGGAGUAGAAAAUUAUAAUGUAGAUUUUAAAAAAAUAUCAACUAAACUAUCUACAGUGGAGGCAGGGCAGUGACAGCAGCAGGGCGUGUAAUCAUUACAUGUAAAUCUAGAAACUUUCUUUUUGUGUCAUCUCAUAAAAUGUAUUCCAACAUUUACGAAGACCCAAAUUUGACUAUGAAUGUGAGAUACAACAAAGGCGUCAGAGAGGACAGAGGGGAGAGCCUGGAGAGAGUGGUCGACAUUUACGAGAGCGUCAACACUUUCAGCGACCAUCGUCACGUUGGUCGCUCCAAACAGGGCAGAGGAGCGCACACCCAAGAGCAUCGCCCAGCUGUCAAAAGAGGCAACUGUAGAGCUGCUGCAUCGGUCCUCAGUCUACUCUGCCUCCUGCUAUUAGCUGGAGUCAUCGUCCUGUCCAAACUCUAUAUUUCAGAAAUUUCUAAAAACUCCGAGCUCAGUCAGAAGGAGAAGCAGACGAGUCACAACAACCUGAACGACAGUUUCUGCCACGGAUGGAAGAGAUUUCGAUGCAGUUGUUAUUACAAAUUUACUGAGAAGAAGAACUGGACUGACAGCAGAACAGUCUGUCAGAGCAAAGGAGCAGAUCUGGUGAUAAUAACAACCAGAGAGGAACAUGAGUUUGUCAGAAAUCUGACUGAACAUCAACCCUCCUGGAUUGGUCUGCAGUCAGUGAAAAAGCCCUCAUGGAGAACAGAAUGGCAAUGGGUGGACGGAACAACACCGAAAUAUGUUGGCUUUCGUGAAGGUGUGGACAUUACAAACCCUCCAGAUGGGCACACAGUAUAUAUCGAUGAGAAAGGAAUGUGGGAACAUACAGACUCUGGAACCAAACAAAGGAUCUGUGAGAGAGCGAUGUCUUGAGUUUCCUGGUAACCUGGCAGUCUAACAUUUGGCACUUAUAUAACUAUGAUACACUGUAAUGGGUUUAAACUUUGACCUUUGUGACAUGUAUACAUACAUUUCUUCCUCUUCCUUCACACAGUUCUUGCUGUCCUCCCUCAUGAACACCAUAUUAAAGGCAAACAUGAAAACUUUAACUGUGCUGCAUUUCUGUCCA